GCCGAAAAAGUUCAUUUCAAAGACCCAGAAGAAGAGAAAACCAACCCGCGUCAAACCGUAUUCUCUCUCCAUCUCUCUCUCUCUUUCCUGCAGUCCGAUUCACACACACACACACUCCUGUUUUCUCUUUCUACAAUUUCACAAUCCCCACUCUCUUUCUCCCUCCAACAUCUGAUCAAUAGAGCAACAAAAGCAACGUUUAUCUGUUGCUUCGAUUGUUUUCAUUUGCCGACAUUGCCGAGAUUGUCAAGCAGUCUCGCUUAGGGUUUGACUGAUUGUAUGUAUGAUCACAAGUGUUUCCAAGUUCCCAACAUUCGUCUGUCCUAGGUUUAUUGUUUUUUUUUUUUUGAUUAUUUUGUAGGGCUUCUUCCUGCUCUAACAAUCCGUGAUUGAGAAUUGAAGAUUCCUUUAACAGUCUUUAAUCCCGUGGUUAUAUGAUUCGAAGGAUAACGAUGAAGUUUGCACUCUUUUCAAUUUCUUAAGGGUUUUAUGUAUGUUAGGUUUGGUUUUUUGGGGGUUAAAUUUAAUUGUAAUUUGUUAAGUAACAUUCUGUGGCAACUAUAACAAAAAAAGCCAAUCGUUUCAAUCUCAGUUUACUGGAAAAAAAUUGAAGUUAGAAAAUUUUUUUUGGUGGUCUUGAACUUUUUGGGUCCUUGGUAGUGUAGUUGAGGUAGAAGAAGAAUUGGUACUCAUUGGGGGUGCAUGGGCGAAUAUGAGGAAUGCGCACAGCCAAGUGGGCUAUUGCCGGAUGCAGGUCCGGUGAUCCGAGUCCUUGACUCGGAAAGAUGGGCAAAGGCAGAGGAGAGAACUGCAGAGCUUAUUGUCUGCAUUCAGCCCAACCAACCAUCAGAAGAGCGGAGAAAAGCUGUUAAAGAUUAUGUGGAGCGACUCAUCAUUAAUUGUUUCCCCUGUCAGGUUUUCACCUUUGGGUCCGUACCCUUGAAGACUUAUUUACCUGAUGGAGACAUUGAUUUAACAGCCUUCAGCAAUGAUCAAAACUUGAAAGACACAUGGGCUAAUCAGGUUCGUGAUAUGCUGGAGAAUGAGGAGAAGAAUGAGAAUGCUGAAUUCCAUGUUAAGGAGGUUCAGUAUAUUCAAGCUGAACAGUAUUUGGUUAAGACUUUUGAGAUUGGUAUUCUGGGUCACGACUUUAGUUAUCUAGCAUUCAGGUUUCAAAAACCAUUCUAG